UACGGUUUGGGAUCUAAUUAUUACGGAUCUCUUGGUUUGGGUGACAAUCGAUAUGUCAAUGAAAUCCAAGUGAUCGACAGAUUGUGUCACAAGAAUAUCACACAAUACUUCAAUGGACUAGACUUUGUGUUAGGUCUCACUCAACACAACUGUCUCUAUGGUUGGGGUUGUAAAGGAAAGGGACAGUUAGGUAUCGCGGCCAUGAGGAAUGAUGUCUUAUACGUAGAUCCAGAACUUAUUGAUCUCAAUUGUGGUAAUUUUCACACAAUGAUUCUCACGAGUGAUUGCUGUGUCUAUGUAUGGGGUGAUAAUAUGUACGGACAGUUAGGUUGUGGACCAGACAGUGAUAUACGAAAAGGGGACACAUAUCGAGUGAAUUUCAAUCCUAAUCACGAAAUUAAGAGCAUUUAUUGUUGUUAUUACUCUUCAUUUGGCAUCACAUCUGAGGGACAGGUGUAUAGUUGGGGACGAAAUAGUUUCUAUAAUUUGGGACACAAUUCAUCGGAUAAUAUAUGGGAACCACAACUCAUUGCAGACAUGACUGGGAUUAAGACUAUCUGUUCCGCUGGUGUUGUUUCCGAAGUGAAUGAAUACAAGUAUUUGUUCGAAGAGUUGCAUUCAUUAGGUUCGGGAGCUUUUGGGGAAGUAUUUGUUGCUAAAAAGAAAUUUGAUGGACAAGAAUUUGCGGUUAAGAAAAUAAAAUAUGAAGAUUACCAAAAUUUGUUUGAAUGUUACGAAGAAAUGCAAAAUUUGAUAAAAGUUAGGUCAGAAUAUUGUGUUCAAUAUAUGGGUCAAUGGUCUGAAGACGGUGUGUAUUACAUUCAAACGGAGUUGUGUUCCAAUAGUCUUGAGAAUAUUCUUCAACAUAAACCACAAGUAUUUGGUCGACAACCGGAAGAACCCAUGAAUUCAAUCGAGUUUUACAUUUCGUGUCAUAUAUUCAAAGAGAUCUUAGAAUGCGUUCAAUAUUUACAUGAAUUGAAUCCUCCGGUCAUUCAUAGAGACCUCAAACCCGACAAUAUAUUAGUGGCGAAGACUGUAAGAAAUGGCAGGUAUUUAAAAGUUGCUGACUUUGGGUUGGCGUCAUUCCAAUCCAGGUCAUCUGGAAGUCAUACCACAGGAGUAGGAACUCUUCAAUACAUGGCACCGGAAGUUAGACUGCAAACUAAAUAUACACCGAAAGCAGAUAUUUAUAGCCUAGCAUUCCCCGGAAUUAAGUAUUUACUCGGGAUA